GACGGAGUACUCGUAAUAUUUAUGACUUUCUCCGUCUUCUUCACAUCGGCACUUGGCUCCUUCUCGUCCUCGUCUUCUUCUUAGCCAAGCUUUUCUCUGUAAAUUCUAAUACUCCGUAGUUCGGUUCCCGAAUUUUAAAUUUUUACUCGUCCAUCUCUCCCUAGGGUUUAUGUUUCUCUAGAUUUUUUCGAUUCGGAAGAUCUGUUCGGAUAUGCACUUUUCGCAUCCCUCAUUUCGAAGCUUGUGACUGGAUAAUAACGGGUUCAUUUGAGUUGGAGCUGUAUAUGCGUGGAUUCUCUCUUCCGGAGUCUAUUUAGGGUUUGUUGAAUGAUACAGGAAGAACACAAAGAUCUGAGGAUUUGCUUUGGGAAAAUUUUGAUUUGUAGGCUUCGUGAUGGAUGUUGAUUUUGAUGGCGAUGUGGCGAAUCUUGAUGCUGAGCUCUUGCAGCUCUCGGAGGUGUCUCCUCUGGCUAUCAAAGCGAAUCCUCUUAUCCCCGAGAAGCUCUUUGAUCAAUGGCUGUCGCUUCCAGAAACAGUCUCAUUGGUAAAAUCUUUGGUUAACAAUGCCAAGGGUGGUGGUCCUCUCAAUGUUUCCGGAACAUCUAGCACUGGUGCUGCCACAAGCAAUUCUUUGCCGUCUAUGUUUCCUGCUGGCAGCACACCUCCACUUUCACCAAGAAGCUCAUCAGGUUCACCCAGAACCAUGAAGCACAGGACUGGUCCUUCUCAGUUAGGUUCUCCUUUGAAAUUAGUGAAUGAACCAGUUAAAGAGAUGAUACCUCAGUUCUACUUUCAAAAUGGACCUCCACCUCCAACAGAAUUGAAGGAAAGGUGCUUGUUUAGGAUCAACCAGUUUUUCUAUGGUCACAGUGAUGGAAUACAAAUGCAUGAAUUUAAGUUGAUUACAAAAGAGAUAUGCAAGCUUCCAUCAUUCUUCUCCACCGCUCUGUUUAAGAAGAUUGAUGUUGAUUGUGGUGGUAUUGUUACCAGGGAUGCCUUUGCUGAUUUUUGGGUGAAUAGUAAUAUGUUGACAAAAGAUCUUGCGACCCAAGUAUUCACCAUCUUGAAACAGCCAGAUUUGAAGUACUUGACACAGGAGGACUUCAAACCUGUGCUUAGAGAACUUUUGACUACUCAUCCAGGGUUGGAGUUCUUACAGAGUACACCCGAAUUCCAAGAAAGAUAUGCUGAAACUGUUAUAUAUAGAAUAUUUUACUAUGUGAAUAGAUCGGGGAAUGGCUGUCUUACCCUCAGAGAACUGAAACGUUCGGACCUAGUUUCUGCAAUGCUACAUGCUGAUGAAGAAGAGGAUAUCAACAAGGUCUUAAGAUUCUUUUCCUAUGAACAUUUUUACGUGAUAUAUUGCAAGUUUUGGGAGCUGGAUACAGAUCAUGAUUUUCUGAUUGACAAAGAGAACCUUAUCAGAUAUGGCAACCACGCGCUUACUUAUCGGAUUGUUGAUAGGAUAUUCUCUCAGGUUCCCAGAAAGUUCACUAGUAAGGUUGAAGGAAAGAUGAGUUAUGAAGAUUUUGUUUACUUCAUAUUGUCAGAAGAGGACAAGUCAUCUGAGCCUAGUCUGGAGUACUGGUUUAAGUGCAUAGAUUUGGAUGGAAAUGGGGUUCUUACCAGAAAUGAAAUGCAGUUCUUCUAUGAGGAGCAGUUGCAUAGAAUGGAAUGCAUGGCCCAAGAGCCGGUUCUUUUUGAGGAUAUCCUAUGCCAGAUUGUCGACAUGAUAAGUCCCGAGGAUGAAAGCUAUGUUACAUUACGUGACUUGAAGGGAAGCAAACUAUCAGGCAGUGUUUUCAACAUUCUUUUUAACCUCAAUAAAUUUAUGGCAUUUGAAACUCGUGAUCCUUUCCUAAUUCGUCAGGAGCGUGAGAAUCCAAAUUUGACUGAAUGGGACCGCUUUGCGCAUCGAGAAUAUAUUAGGCUUUCGAUGGAGGAAGAUGCUGAAGAUGCAUCCAAUGGAAGUGCUGAUGUCUGGGAUGAAUCGCUCGAGGCUCCCUUUUGAGUUUUAGUUAUGCAAAAUAUAUGAAAGGUGAUUGUAGGGAAGUUUACUUGGUGUGGCGUGGAGUUUGAACAGGGGAGGACAAUUUUGCACAGCAAACCCAUGGGAUUAGCCGAUGUGUCUUGUUUCAGGAGAAGAAAAAAAGGUGGUUUUUUAAAAAUUGCUAGAGGAAUUUUUUGUUGCAUCUGCAUAAAAGCUUGGUUGCCAAGUUAAACAUGAUCAGUUCUACUAGUAUAGAAGCAGCUCCUUCUGACUUAAAAAACAAAACCUCUCAAUUGUAUUUGGCGGCAAGUCCCCGCCAAUUCACAAUUGACAGAUUUUGCUGAAAACCUAAUUCAUAAGGUCUAGCACUUCUUUCUUUCUUUGUUCAUCUAGUUAGUUGUAAGGAACUGUGAUUAUUAAUUUUUCUGUUUCUAGAUAAAAAGUUAGGGUUUUUUUUCUUCUUUUCCCAACAAAAAUGAUGUUUCUCUAGGAUGAUGAGUGUUCCCAGGUGUAGUGCUUUUGUUUGUUUGUUUAAAUAUUCGUUUGUCUUUUCAAUAUCUGUGGUGUGGAUCUCCGAAAUGAUGUGAUUUGUAGCCUAACUAAUUGCUAAUGACUGGUGACUGUAGCCUAUAUUAGUAGUAUAUACAUAUAUUAAAAGGGUUGUAUGUUAACUUGACUUAUUAGCAUGUGGCAGUGCCACAUCCUUGGGGGGUUUCUAAUGGUGAUGAAACCGUAGGGAUGGACAUGUGCUUUUUAGCCUUUUGUAUAUCCUACUAGUUAUUUCUUCUGAAUGUAUUUGGGCAUAUGAAUCAAAGGUUAUCAAUACCUUCCUGGAUGUGGCUUUGGAUUUGCUAUUGUAAUGAGCGAGCGAGAUAUAUUUUGGUACCGGAGUACCGGACCAUGCAGGUCAAAAUAAAAGGGUUAAUUUAUACCAUUACCCUGCAGGUAUUUAUUUAGUCCUACUUUUUACUUUUGGUCUAUUGUUUUUUUGGCUUACAGUUAUUGA